AUGACCCAAACAACUGUGAAUCUUGCAUCUGAGGACCUAAAGGAUAGAAAAGAUGUGCUGGUGAUGACCAGUCGAGACCUUAUGACACUUAAUUCUCACAAACUGGGGUAUCGACAAAAUAGCCGCCAAUGCCUUGGUACACUUGUGCGCCAUUUGAGGGUUUGCCCUAGAUACCUGCUAGCAAAAGGAGACAUGAGGACUGAGGUUGCGCUUGGACUUCCGGUCUUGAGGUGCCAGAUAGAUGAAGAUUUAAAGAGUCAAUAUCAAGGAAGAACGGGGGUCAAACGGACUGAGAUAUCAUUCAUCAUCUCCCCUGGUGAUGUUGGAGAUGUAGAUAGCUUGGCUUCCGUGGUUGAGCAGUGA